AUGCCAAGUGCUCUGCCUCUGAAGGUCAGUGACAGGUACCCACUCCAAGACCUUAUGUCAUAUCGAUCAACAUUAGGUAGCCACCAAUCUCAAGUCCUCCCCUCGGCCCCUUGGUCAGACUAUUGGUUGGUGUAUACAUUUAACACUCCAAUAACUGCCUUAGGGACUUAUUAAGAGGUAUGCAUUGAGAUGGCAGCCCGUUGGCAAGAGUGAGUACUGCAAAGACACAUCAAGAAACAUUACCUUUGACAGUUCUUUAGGCAGGGUGUUAAAGAGGGACACCCCUGCUGAUAUAUUUUAUGGCAUGUACCCAUCCAUGCAAUCCAUCCACUUCAGCACACCAAGCAAGCAUGUUAGUAGCCUAUUGGCCAAGAUCUGGUAUACAGAAAUUGACAGCCUGUGCGACAUCAAACUUUCUAGAGCUCAAAACAGUUGCCUGUUGAUCUCAACAGAAGAGUUUGUUGCCACUGGGCUCAUAGACUACCUCAGCUAUGACUCCCCAUCUGGGCAUGCUAUUUUGACCCUCCUGGAGCUCAAGACUAGACUAUCGAUCUCAACAGGAAAAAUUCUCCACCACAUGUAUGCAGUUUUGAACCUCCCUAGAGCUCAAAGCAUGACUGCUGAUCUCAACAGGGAAGGUUCUCCACUACAGCCAUGCAAUUUUGAAUCUCCUGGAGCUCAAGACGAGACUGUCGAUCUCAACAGCAAGUUCUCUACUACAAUACCCAUAGGAGACCUCAGUGUUUGCCUCUGA